AUGAAAGAUUAUCGAAAAGCACUUGAGAAUUUCGAAAAAUGUCUCGCAAUAUGGAAAAAAGCCUUACCUGACAAUCAUCGGGAUGUGGCUUUUGCAUUUAGUAAUAUUGGUGAUGUUCAUCGAUUAAUAAGUAAUUAUGAAAAGGCACUUGCAUUCCAUCAAAAAGCAUUAGGUAUACAAGAAAAUGUUCAAUGUAAUCCUCUGGAAUGUGCAAUGACAUAUAUAAAUUUAGGUGAAACUUAUCGCGAAAUGAAAGAUUAUUCAACGGCAUUGACAUAUUUCGAAAAAGGAUUAGAAAUACGUGAGAAGAAAUUACCAAAAAAUCAUCCUGAUUUAGCUGUUUUAUAUCAUAAUAUGACAAAAUUAUAUUUGGCUACACAAAAAUAUAGUAUGGCAAUGAAAAAUAUUCAACAAACAGUUGAAAUAGCUCAAGAAAAAUUACCUUCAACUCAUCCUCAUCUUUUGGAAUAUAAAGAAACAUUUGAACAAAUUCGAAAGGAAAUGUAA